AUGGCGUACGUGGAUCACGCUUUCUCGAUAUCGGACGAGGACAUAAUGAUGGAGACCUCGUACGCCGUCAGCAAUAAGCCGCCGAUCAAAGAGAUCUCGCUCGCCGUCGCCCUCUUUGUUUUUGGCGCACUCGGGAUCGUCCUCGGUGCCUACAUGGCCGUCAAUGAAAUCGGCGGCGAUCGGGCCCACGGGCUAUUUUUCGCAAUACUCGGUGGAAUUUUAUUUAUUCCCGGAUCCUACUACACGCGGAUUGCCUACUAUGCUUACAAGGGUUAUAAAGGUUUCUCCUUUUCGAACAUACCACAAGUCUAG